AUGGUAACGCAUAUUUCGUACACGCGCGAAGCAUAUUCCCGUUUCUGUGCGCUGUGGUGUCCAUAAUGGAUGCUAUAUGCAUGUACCUCCACGGUUUCUCCACGGUGUUCGCAUAAUGCAUGCCUCGCGUUUUACCUGUGGAGCUAUCCUGCUCUUGCAAGAUCCUCAUUGUCCUCAUCCUCAUGACCUCAUGAGGACUUUUCGAUUUUGAACCAUAUCAAGGUGAGAAGAAGCAGACUUGCCAAAUCCCGGGCCAGGCCGGCCCGGCCCGGUUUUGGCCCGGCCCGGAAGUUAGACCUCAAAAAAAAUAUGAAGGAAGAGGAAAACGCGUGCGGCAAAAUUGCUAAAAUGGCGUGUCAGAGUUGCAAUCAAUCGCUCCGCCCACUCUUGAGAAAAUUUUCGUAAUUUUUGUGAAAAUUUUGCGACUCGUUUCGAAGUUCUAGUUCGCUUUGAAUUUUUAGGUGCAUCCUCCCGGGCCGACCGGGCCGGAAAAUUUCCAAUUUUGGCCCGGCCCGGCCCGUUGCAAGUCUGAGAAGAAGGAAGGGAGAUCAGUAAGGCAUGAGUCGCUCGCGUUCUCUUCGCUCUCUCACACCCCUCACUGCCUAUAUGUUAUCCGACGCUGAGGGUUCGACUCCCAUGUGCGCCCUACCUUUUUGCCAUUUUUGUUUUACUGAUUACUUUUGGUUUUCACAAUCACACAAAGUCAAGAAGGGAAAAAUAAGACACAUCACACGAGUUUUGAAGUUUUGUUUAUUAUUAAAUGACUACUUUUAGUCUCCGAAAAGACUUGAAGCCAUUAACAAAUCUAGAUAAAAAGAACCCGUAAAUGAUUUGUGAGAAAAAAAUUGGAAAAAUUUAAUCCUUUUCUGCGUGACGUUCCCGUUACCUUGCUUCUUAUCUGCUCGGCCUCUGCCCCACUGACCCUGACCUCGCCACGUGGCACUACUCUGCUGUGUUCUCGAAUCGUCCUUUUGUCGAACAUUCCUCGAGGAUUCAAACAUCAGAAGCAAUCAAAGUUCACCGCGAACUCAAAAAGAUCUGGCAAACGCAGAGCGAAGCAUCGGAAUGAGUGAGUUUCGGAGACACUCCCCCCAGUCAGUUUGACACUCGUUCUCUUCAGAUCCAUUCGCGAUUUUUCUUCUUCUGACCGCUCUCGCUGCGAACUCGCAUCAACCACACUGACCCGAUUGAACCGUCUCCGAUGUUCCUCGUCUGAUCCGAGCUCCGAAUGGUUAGUGGACCGAGUGGAUCACUCAUCCAACAGAUCCGUUUGCAGCCGAUCCGUUGAAGACGACCAUCGACAAGAUGAAGACGAUCGCCAGGAUCGGUUGGAUGAUUGCGGCACUGAUUGGAAAAGUACGUAUAAAAGGCUGAGUACCAUGGACUACAGUGAAAGUGAUGCGGGCCUACUCCUCAAAUAUAUGCUACAUUAA